AUGUCUAACCUGACGUCAGAUGAGGACGAGGAAUUCCCACUGAGUGUAACUAUUCCCAGUGGGGUUGUUAUUUUGGCACUCAUUUUCUUUGCAAUAUUCGGUAAUGUGAUGACGAUUGCGGCAUUCGUCAAAGACAAAGGUCUGAGAAGCGUCUACAAUAUGUAUCUCGUUAAUCUGGCUGUAACAGAUCUGAUGCUUGGACUUAUAAGCAUGCCUUUUUACGCAGUGUAUACCCUCAGAUCCUAUUCGUGGCCUUUUGGUUACCAUUUUUGCAAGAUUUAUUUGGUAAUAGACUUUACAUUGUGUCUGGAGUCCAUUCUUACAAUUAUAAUCAUCAGUUUAGAUCGCUUAUUACUUCUGAAAUACGGCCCCCUUUACCACCAGAGGGAGACGUCAAAGGUAGCAAUCGUGAAGAUUUCUUUGUCCUGGAUCGUGGCUGGUUCCCUGUACACGCCGGCAAUAAUCGGUUGGGACCUUUGGACCGGAGAAGACGCCGUGGAGCCGGGGGAUUGUCAUAUCCAGUUUGCUUACGACCUCGCUUUCACGACAACAACAGCUGUCAUCGAAUUUGUCAUACCUUUCUUUGCUAUAGAUGUGAUCAAUUUGCUUAUAUACAUUGAAGUCAGAAGUAGAACAAAAUACAGAACAUCUAUGAACAGGACUGAUGUCGUCAGGACCCGGAAGGACAUGAAAGCGGCCCGUUUUUUGGCAAUGUUGGUAAUCGUAUUUGGAGUGACCUGGGGACCGUACACCAUAACGACCAUUAUCAUCUCGUUUUGUGAAUCAUGUGUCAACGAGCACUUGUAUACUGUAUUCAUUUGGUUGCUGUGGUCAAAAGCAUCGUUAAAUCCUCUUCUAUAUGCCUACAACAGUGUUAGAUUCCUGAAGAAUUUCGAGGAGAUGUUGUUCUGUCAAACCAAGACACAUCGGAACGGCGAUUCCGUUUUCAGUAUAUCUUCAAAGGACAAGACAAAAGAGCGCACAUUCUAG